GGUGAUUUGACUUUUUUUACUCCCGACACCGGUGCAUGCGGCAAUGUCAACUAUGAAUCAGAACUCAUUGUUGCUGUGGUAAGUUUUAGCGAUACAUUCUUUGACAAAUCACAGGGAAGGGUAUGUGGUCGACACAUUUGCAUCAAUGGCGAAACUAUCAAGGCAAGAAUCGAGGAUCGCUGUAUUGGUUGUGAUACGUUUGAUAUCGACGCAACCGCACUCUUGUUUUCAAAGAUUGCUGAUUUGGACGUAGGAAGACUGAAGGUGAAUUGGUGGUUU